UUAUUGAGCUAGUCGUUAUGGCUGAACGAGGCCUCGGAUCUAACUGAAAGAAGACCCCCCCCCCUUCCCUUCCCUUCCCUUCACGGGACAACCCGCCAUCCAUGGAGGGCACAGACAUGGACGUGGACGCGGAGCUGAUGCAGAAGUUUAGCUGCAUGGGCACCACGGACAAGGACGUCCUUAUAACGGAGUUCCAGAGGCUGCUGGGCUUCCAGUUGAACCCGGCCGGCUGCGCCUUCUUCCUGGACAUGACCAACUGGAACCUUCAGGCUGCUAUUGGUGCAUACUAUGACUUUGAAAGUCCCAGUGUCAACUCACCAUCCAUGUCCUUUGUUGAAGACGUGACUAUUGGAGAAGGAGAGUCUGUUCCUCCGGAUACACUGUUCACAAAGACUUGGAGAAUACAAAACACAGGUGUGGAGUCAUGGCCGCAAGGCGUUUGUCUCAAAUACAUUGGAGGGGAUCAGUUUGGACACGUAAACUCAGUAAUGGUGAAGUCUCUAGACCCACAGGAAAUUUCAGAUGUCAGUGUACAGAUGAGAAGUCCUACAAAUCCAGGCAUGUACCAGGGCCAGUGGAGGAUGUGUACAGCUACUGGAUUAUUCUACGGAGAUGUGAUCUGGGUGAUUCUGAGUGUGGAAGUUGGAGGUCUCCUCGGCGUUACUCAGCAGCUUUCCUCCUUUGAGACGGAAUUCAACACGCAACCCCAGCGCAAUGUGCAGGAAGAUUUCAACCCGUUUGCCUCGCCACAGAAGAACAAGCAUGAUGCCACUGAUGGCACCUUGAGAGAACCUGGAGGAGCCUGGGAUCGCACACAGGAGCCCAUCCAGCAGGAUCAGAAUGGACUGUCUCAUAAUGCUGUUAAUAGGGCGUCAAAUGGUCUCCAAACAAAUCUUUCCGUGGUGACUUAUGGCCAGGGUAUUCAUGGUCCCUAUCCGUUUGGAAAGAGCUAGAAAGACAAAGACCCCCCCACCCCCACUGUGAAUGAUGAGCUUACCACCGUGGGAUUCCUUAAAAUGCACAGGAGUCGGAGGGGGGGAUGAACUGUUAUUUUCUCUCUUUUUUUAUGGACUCAUGACAACUCUCCCUGAAACCUUUAUGGACCUUUAACAGACGGUCACACAACAGCAACCUGACGGAUCACAUGUACUACAGUAAAACAUCCAACCUCACAUGGAUUCACGUGUGAAUGCUUCAUUUAGGAGUGCUUUAAACCUCUUAAGAUGAAUACACAGAAUAAUUUUUAUUUGAUCUUGUAAGACAUUUCUAAUUAAGGAGAAAAUCCCCCUAAAAGAACCGACAUCUGUUACUCCCAUUGGCAGCCGAAUGGUUUCUCUCUUUAUCAAAUGGUUUCAUACCAUUUUAAAAAAAAUUAUUGGCAUUGCUCAAAAAGUGGCAAGGAUCAUAGAUCAUUUUAAGUGUUUUCAUAUGAGUGGAAACAAUAAAGUAUCUUAAAUUCAGAACACCACUCUAUUUUUUUAGUAAUGCAUCUGGUCAUAAAAAUAUUUGCUUGUCUAACUACAAGUAGGUUUUUGGUAAUAAUGCAAAGAUUUUUUUGAAGUUCUUAAUUAUCUCUCUCCAUGUUUUCCAAAAGCAAGAGUAUUCUAAUUUUUUUCAUGUAGAAAGUUGGAUAUAUUCCAGGAGAAAAAUGGAGAUUAGUCCUUGUGAAGCUUAAAAUUGACUACAUCCAGUUACUGAUGUUCAUUAUUUUAAGUCUGAGUUCUAAGUACUGGGAUCAAACAAAAUGCUUUUUUCUUUUUCUCUGUAUGCACGUGAGGAUUAUUAAUGUUGGAAUGCCCUGGAGCAGUUUUAAAUUUCUAAUUUUUUCCCCCCAUUUAAUCAGUUUAGCUUUAAAUUUGUUUCAUCCCAGGUUAGAACAUGUUUGACCCAUAUAAGCAUUUAUGCAGUUAAUAAUAGCUGAUUUUUUUGGUAUUAGAAGAUCUGUGCCCACCACUAACAGCGGGUUGAGUUGAAAAUGUGCUGAACAACUAUCUCAUUUUUAUAUCCUAACAUGAUUUUAAAACUUUGACUUGGUUGGGUAGACAGAAAAAAAAAAAUUAGGAAGCCCUUUGAUCAUUUUUGAAGGAAAACACUUUUAACAUAAUUACGUUCUUUAUCCUUUUUUUCUAGUUGAAUAUUAGUUUUUGUUUUUUUUUCUUUCUAGGGAGAUCAGAAAAUAACUUCCAAAGCUACAACACUAAAUGUUGACACACUAAGCUCUCUAUCUAAAAUUGUUAUUAUGCAGUGUAAAAGCUGGCCUUAAAUAUCAGUUACUUUGUCUGAUUGAUCCCUUUUUCUCAAGAUAAAAUCAAGAGAACCAAAACACUAACCUGUAAUGUCAUCAGGUAUUACAAUGUGAAUCUGGCCAGUUCAAUUUGCAUGGGACAGCGUGCGGUUUCUAGGGUGGGUUUUCCCCUUAAACAGAUGCUGAAGUGCAAAAAGGAUGUGAGUGAGUUUGAGUAAGAAGGAUUUAAAAAGCCAUUUAAAUCUAUUUUGCCUGGUGAGUGACUGUAGUUGGAGUCCAUGUGUAAAGGAUGUGUAUUAAAUAUAAAAUGUAUGCGCGAGUGUGCCUGUUGUGUACGUAUCUCAAUGGUUUCUCCUUGGAUUUAACUGACGUAACAUAGUGUAUACUACUUGGGUAAUGGAUGAAUGGACGCAUCAACAUCAUUUUAGAGAAAGCUUUAAACGUCACGUACCUCAGAAGUAUUUUUUUUGAGUGAUCUAUUUGGAUAAGCUUGCCACAAGUACCCUGAUUUUAUUUAUUAAAUGUCUUUUUUUUGGUGUGCUGCAGAUUCUAUAUGUCUCACUGACAGCCAGGAGGUGGUGCUAAAAAUCAGAAGACAAACUUAAAGAUCAUUUUGAGAACCUCAUAGGUAACAAGUUGCAGCUUGAGCUUGAUAAAACAUGUUUAAUAUUAGUCACAAUGAUUUGCAUCAGCAUUGUUAGUGCUGGUGUUUUGUUUUUCUAAUAUUUGCACUAUGCUGUCAACUAACUCUGCAGAAGGGGAAAACAUUUUUUUAUUCUUUUUAUGUUGGGAUUGUGACACCAGCAUUUUCAGAAAAAAAAAUCCUGUCGGUUUUGUUUUUUCGUCUUGUACAGUUUUCCCUUUAGGACAUAAAUGUUAAAGAUGGCAGUUUGAUUGAUGCACAGAAAUAUCAGAUGUUAAAUAUAUAUAUAAAAAAAU